AUGUCCGCCGAGACUGCCCCAGCGGGGCCCGGCGCCUCUGAAGUGACGGUCACUGCCACGCCUCCCAUCGACAAGCCCCUUAUCAACCCUAUCCAAACCCACACCCCUCCCCCUUCCUCCACGAUCGCCGAGGCUCCUCGCUCGCCGAAUGCUCUGAACCCUGCCGCAGCCAGGAAGAGCAAGAGUGCGUCGCCCGUCAAGCAGUCGUCACCGCUUGUCAACGGCUCGGGAGCGCCUGCUUCUCGUGCUUCGCCGUCUGCCCCAGCGUCCAAGGCAUCGUCUGCCGGACCCGCCACUGGCUCGCCUCUGCCUGGCGCCUUCCCUACCCCUGCCAACACCUCAUUCGACCCGGCUCAGCCAUCGAACGCCUCCAACGCCACCGCGAUGGACGUUGAUUCGACAGACUCCAACAGCCUGAAGCGCCCUGGAGAGGCUCUGCAGGCGGGCGAGGUGAAGCGUGCGAAAGAGGAGCAUGCGGAUGGCCAGGACUCUGCUGCAGGCACGACACCCAUCGUUGCUCCCGGAGCAGACCCCAAUGCGCCGAUCGUGUAUCCCUGGACCAACUACGUCGAGCCUCCCCCUCGUGAUCCAGGACCUUCCACGCGUCUGACCCUACCUCAGUUCAAGCAUUUGCUCAGCACUGUGCGGUCGAUGCUCAAGUCGAACAAUUCGUUCAACUUCCGCGAGCCUGUCGACACUGUCCGCUUCAACAUUCCCCACUACCACCAGGUCAUUGCCUACCCCAUGGACCUCGGUACCGUGGAGACGAAGCUCGUCGCCUCCGACCCCCGUGGCCCGCCCAAGGAUAAGGCCAAGGCUGCCCGGUGGGAUACGAGCAAGGGCACCUAUAACUCGGUCGCAGAGGUGACCAAGGACGUGCGCCAGAUCUGGGAGAACACUCGCAAGUUCAACGGCCGCGAUCACGUUGUGUCCCAGGCUGCGUCCAAGUUACAGGACCAGUACGAGCGCGCGCUUCGCACCCUUCCCUCCGACAACCUUUCCCACGCCGCCUCCCCUUCUGCUUCUUCAGCACGCCGCGCAAGCGUCUCCCAGCCGCCUCAGAUUCGCCGGGACCUCGACAGCUCGCGUCCCAAGCGUGAGAUUCACCCUCCUCCCUCAAAGGACAUCAACUACGAUGGUCCCAGCUCGCUGCGCAAGCCCAAGCGCCGCAGCGACCCGCAGCUGCAGUGGGCGGCCAAGACCAUCCAGUCGUUUGAGAAGACGCAAAAGUACUUUGAGAUCGCCUCGCCCUUCCUCUACCCCGUCUCCGAGAUUAUUGCUGCCAUCCCCAGCUACACCUCUGUCAUCAAGAAGCCCAUUGAUCUGUUACAGAUCAAGCAGCGCCUUGAGGACAACGUGUACGAGGAUGUGCAGCAGAUCAACAACGACUUCCGUCUCAUGAUCUCGAACGCUCGCCAGUUUAACCCUCCUGGAGACGCCGUGCACAACGCUGCCAGCGCGCUGCUCCAGGUCUGGGAGGAGAAGUGGCGCAGCCUGCCGCCAAAGCAGGAGAUCCGCGAGCAGAGCGAGGACAUUGCGGAGGAGUUUGAUGACUCGGAGGACGAGGACAAGGACGUCGUUCGUCUGAAGGAGGCCAAGGCAGAGCGCGCGGCGCUCGACCGGGAAAUUGCCGACCUCGAGGCCAAGAUUGCGCGCAAGCCGGCCAAGGUCAAGAAGACGGCCAAGGCUGUUCCCAAGCAGGCCAAGGCUCCGCGCAAGUACUCGUCGACCAAGACCUCGUCCCCCGGAGGUGCCAACGGUGUGGCUAAGAAGCCUCGCAAGCAGAAGGAGACGCCGGUAUACCGCGACGACGACGACAGCGACGCCGAGGAGCAGACCAUCACGAUCGCUCAGAAGCAGGAGCUUGCCGAGAAGAUUCAGUCUGCGUCUAUGGAGGUGCUGGCCCAGGCCAUCGAGAUCAUCCAGACCUCGACCAACAUCUCUGGAGAUCAGGAGAUUGAGCUCGACAUUGACUCGCUUCCCGCUGCGACUGUCCUUAAGCUCUACAACCUCGUCUGCCGUGGCCGCAAGGGUCGUGGCAAGAAGGGCACGGGCAACAACAAGGCUCCCGCCGGUGGCCGCAAGCACCUCAACGAGAAGGAGGAGGCGGACCGUAUCCGGCGCAUGGAGGCUCAGCUCCAGUCCUUCGAGGGCCGCGGCGGCGGUGGCGCUGGCGGUGCCAACGCCUACGACGACGAGUCGAGCGAUGAGGAGGAGUCGAGUGACGAGGAGUAG